GGGUCCGGUUGAGCACAUUUAGGGGAUUCAAAUCCUAAAUUCGAUAUUGUGGGAAAAUACUGAAUAGACGUGUUUUGUUUUUGUUUUUUGUCUUUUAUUUUGUCCCGCUUCAAACCUGGAUUAAAAAAAGUGAAAAGUAAAGAGUGGGAGUGAUCCAGGAGCGAUGCUUGUAGGUUGCCGUCUCCGCGUUUAUUCUUGACCUGGGCAUAGAAACCCUGAAAAGUUAGAGAUCACAAGGCGAGAGAGAGAGAGAGAAAGACAUAGAAAAAUGAUGUGAGCCAGAGCGCUGACGCGUGGUAUUACGGGACUUUCUGCGUCUUAUUUCAAAAUUCCUAUUUCACAGACUUCAGAUCCACCCGCGAGAGGACUUUGGGGGACUUUUUUCCUUCCCGUCUUAAUCGAUGUGAUUUGUAUGGGAUUCGUAGGCAUGCCCGUGUGAUGUGAGCUCGCUGCGCGGAGACAGCAUGACAAACUCGGAGAAUCAGUUAAACUACGUUGAGAAGGCUGCUCUAUCCGAGGAACACGAAACUUGUUAAAUAGCUACACUUGUACGGUUGUUUGUUUUUUUAAGGAACACAUACAAACACAAGGAAAUACAGAACACGUUUUUCGUAUCAUUCUCGGCUCUGUUUCCAAUUCAGAAAGUUUAUUUCCGUCGGAAUCUGGGACACUAUUGCCAUACAUUUUAAGAUAUUUGAAGAGCAAAUAGUUUAUCGAAUUAAUUUUUUACAUGUUGCAACUGGACAUACCAAUAGUCAAUGCACAAGACACAAAUCAGGAUUCGAAGUUGGACACAGUGUUAUAAUUCGACAUCAGGAUUAUGAAGGACAGACCAUCAAUAUUAUUGCACUAAUAAUUUGGAUUAUACAAGUAGUCGGAAACCUUGGAAUGAUGACUGCCAGUUUCUUUGGAUUCUUGAUUUUUGUUGGAUUUCUUCACAGUUGCUCAGGAUCGCGGCUGCGGCAGGAAGACUCCCCUCCCCGCAUCGUGGAGCACCCCUCAGACCUGAUCGUGUCCAAGGGCGAGCCGGCCACCCUCAACUGCAAGGCGGAGGGGCGGCCCAGCCCCACGGUGGAGUGGUACAAGGACGGGGAGAGGGUGGAGACGGACCGGGACAACCCCCGUUCCCAGCGCAUGCUCCUCCCCAGCGGCUCCCUGUUCUUCCUGCGCAUCGUCCACGGGAGGCGAAGCAAGCCUGACGAGGGCAGCUACGUCUGCGUCGCCAGGAACUACCUGGGGGAGGCGGUCAGCCACAACGCGUCGCUGGAAGUAGCCAUUCUCCGGGACGACUUCAGGCAGAACCCAUCGGACGUGAUGGUGGCGGCUGGGGAGCCGGCGGUGAUGGAGUGCCAGCCCCCCCGCGGACACCCAGAGCCCACCAUCUCCUGGAAGAAGGACAGCGCCAACAUCGACGACCGCGACGAGCGCAUCACGAUCCGGGGCGGGAAGCUGAUGAUCACCAACGCCCGGAAGAGUGACGCUGGGAAGUACGUGUGCGUGGGGACCAACAUGGUGGGCGAGCGGGAGAGCGAGAUCGCCGAGCUGACGGUGCUGGAGCGGCCCAGCUUCGUGAAGAGGCCCAGCAGUCACGUGGUGCUGGUGGAGGAGAGUGUGGAGUUUAGGUGUGAGGCUCGGGGCGACCCCGUGCCCACCGUCCGCUGGAAGAAGGAGGACGGGGACCUGCCCAAAGGGAGGUACGAGAUCCGGGAGGACCACACCCUGAAGGUGCGGCGCGUGACCUCGGCGGACGUGGGCACCUACACGUGUGUGGCGGAGAACAUGGUGGGCAAGGCCGAGGCGUCUGGCACCCUCACCGUACGCGUCGUGUCUGAGCCCCCUGCGUUUGCGGUGCGCCCCCGGAAUCAGGUGGUGGCUGUGGGCCGGACUGUCACCUUCCAGUGUGGCGCGACAGGAAACCCCCAACCUGCCAUAUUCUGGCAGAGAGAGGGCAGCCUGAACCUGCUGUUCUCCAACCAGCCCCCGCAGCCCUCCAGCCGCUUCUCCGUCUCGCAGACGGGCGACCUGACCAUCACCGACGUGGAGCACUCGGACGUGGGCUACUACAGCUGCCAGGCCCUGAACAUCGCCGGCAGCGUCAUCACCAAGGCUCUGCUGGAGGUCACCGACGUGGUGUCAGACCGCCCGCCACCAGUGGUCCGGCAGGGCCCGACGAACCAGACCGUCUCCGUGGAUGGCACCGUGGUCCUGAGCUGCCUGGCAACGGGGAACCCCGCCCCCACCAUCCUGUGGCGGAAAGACGGGGUGCUGGUGUCCACUCACGACUCCCGAAUCAAACAGCUGGACACGGGCGGGCUGCAGAUACGCUACGCUAAGCUGGGAGACACGGGCGUGUACACCUGCAUCGCCUCCACCCCCAGCGGGGAGGCAUCGUGGAAGGCGUACCUGGAGGUUCAAGAAUUCGGAGUUCCGGUGCAGCCCGCCCGGCCCACGGACCCCAACCUGAUCCCCAGCGCGCCCUCCAAGCCCGAGGUGACCGACGUCACCCGCACCUCCGUCACCCUGUCCUGGAAGCCCAACCUCAACGCCGGGGCCACGCCCACUUCCUAUGUCAUCGAGGCCUUCAGCCACGCCUCGGGCAGCAGCUGGCAGACCCUGGCGGAGCACGUGAAGACAGAGGCCUUCGUCCUGAAAGGCCUGAAGCCCAGCGCGGUCUACCUCUUCCUGGUGCGCGCGGCCAACGCCUACGGGCUGAGCGACCCCAGCCCCAUCACCGACGCCGUCAAAACGCAAGAUAUCCCCCCCACCAGCCAGGGUGUGGACCACCGGCAGAUCCAGAGGGAGCUGGGAGACGUGGUCAUCCACCUGCACAACCCCACCAUCCUGUCCUCCUCCUCCGUCAGGGUGCAGUGGACGGUGGAGCAGCAGUCCCAGUACAUCCAGGGCUACAAAGUGAUGUACCGCUCGUCCCCAGAGGGGGGGCAGCCCCGGGGGGAGUGGGGGGUUUUCGAGGUUCGCACCCCGGGCGAGGACAGCGCCGUGGUCCCUCAGCUGAAGAAAGGGGUGACCUACGAGUUCAAGGUGCGCCCCUUCUUCAACGAGUUCCAGGGCACGGACAGCGAGGUCAAGAUCGCCAAGACCCUGGAGGAAGCCCCCAGCGCCGCCCCCCGUGGGGUUACCGUGACGAAGAGCGAUGACAAUGGGACAGCUAUCCUGGUCUCCUGGCAACCACCUCCUGAGGAGGAACAGAACGGGGUGGUUCAGGAGUACAAGAUCUGGUGCCUGGGGAACGAGAGCCGGUACCACGUCAACCGGACCGUGGACGGGUCCACCUUCUCGGUCCUGAUCCCCAGCCUCUCCCCCGGGAUCCGCUACAGCGUGGAGGUGGCAGCCAGCACCGGGGCCGGCCCGGGGGUGAAAAGCGACGUCACCAUCUUCCAGCUGGACGCGUCGGGGCGGAUCAUGGAGGCUCGGAUGCCGGGGGACAACACGCUGUCGCAGCAGAUCUCAGACGUGGUGAAGCAGCCGGCCUUCAUCGCGGGCAUCGGAGCGGCCUGCUGGAUCAUCCUCAUGGUGUUCAGCAUCUGGCUCUACCGUCACCGCAAGAAGAGGAGCGGACUCAGCAGCAGCUACGCCGGCAUCCGCAAGGUGUCCUAUCAGAGAGGGGGAGAGGCUGUCAGCAGUGCUGGAAGGCCCGGACUGCUGAACAUUGGGGAGCCGGCCAGUCAGCCCUGGCUGGCAGACACCUGGCCCAACGCCUGCUCCAACCACAACGACUGCAGCAUCAACUGCUGCACCGCCAGCAACGGCAACAGCGACAGCAACCUGGCCACCUACAGCCGGCCCGCCGACUGCAUCGCCAACUACAACAACCAGCUGGAGAACAAGCAGACCAACCUGCUGGUGCCGGAGUCCGGCGUGUACGGCGACGUGGACCUCUCCAACAAGAUCAACGAGAUGAAGACCUUCAACAGCCCCAACCUGAAGGACGGGCGUUUCGUCAGCCCGGGGGGGCAGCCCACCCCCUACGCCACCACCCAGCUCAUCCAGUCCAGCAUCAUGAGCAACAACAUCAACAGCGGCGUGGGCGGGGGUGGCGGCGGGGGCGGGGGCGGGGGCGGGGGCAGCAGCGGGGGCGCCGCCGACCUCAACGAGAAGCACUGCUGGAAGCCCCCUCCAGCCCCGCAGCAGAAGCAACAGGAAGUGACAUCACAGCUGCAGUACAACAUCAUGGAGCAGAACAAGUUGAACAAGGACCACUACAGAGGCGGAGACAGCCCCAUGCCAGCCACCAUCCCCUACAGCCAGGCCCACGAGCCCCCCCACACCGGGGGGUCCUACAACAGCUCUGACAGAGGCAGCAGCAGCACCUCCGGGAGCCAGGGUCAGAAGAAGGGAGUCCGUACCCCCAAACUGGCCAAGCAGAGCACAAUGAACUGGGCCAACCUGCUGCCCCCUCCCCCUGCCAACCCCCCUCCCUGCAGAAACACAGAGGAGUACUCCUUAUCCAUGGAUGAGAGCUACGACCCGGACAUGCAGUGCCCCAUGCCGCCCUCGCGGAUGUACCUGCAGCCAGGCGAGCUGGAGGAAGAGGAGGAGGAGGAGGAGAUGGAGCGGGGGCCCACCCCGCCCGUGCGGGGCGCGGCCUCCUCCCCGGCCGCCGUGUCCUACAGCCACCAGUCCACCGCCACGCUCACACCCUCCCCCCAGGAGGAGCUGCAGCCCAUGCUCCAGGAGAGCCCUGAGCACCUGGGCCCGGCGCCACACGACCGCAGACGCCACACCGUGAGCCCCCCGCCCCCUCCGCGGCCCCUCUCCCCGACCCACACGUACGGCUACAUCUCCAGCCCCCUGGGGCUCGACACCGACGGGAUGGAGGAGGAGGAGGAGGAGGAGGAGGAAGGGGACGAGACGGACGCGGAGGUGGCCAAGACGCACCACCACCACCCCCACCACCACCCGCACCACCCCCACCCCCAGCAGCAGCUGCAGCCCCGGCGCCUGCUCCUGAGGGGCCUGGAGCAGACCCCCGCCUCCAGCAUGGGCGACCUGGAGAGCUCCGUCACCGGCUCCAUGAUCAACGGCUGGGGCUCGGCGUCCGAGGAGGACAACGCGUCCUCCGGGCGCUCCAGCGCCGUCAGCUCCUCCGACGGCUCCUUCUUCACCGACGCCGACUUCGCCCAGGCCGUGGCCGCCGCCGCCGAGUACGCCGGCCUCAAGGUCGCCAAGCACCCCGCGCACCUGCCCGACCCGGGGGCCCCCGGAGCCCGGAAGUACCACAUGGCCCAUCCGGGCCACCGUCCCACCAGCCCCGUGUCCACCGACAGCAACAUGAGCGCCGCGGUCAUGCAGAAACGGCCGCCCAAAAAACAGAAGCAGCACCCACCAGCGCACGUUGUCCACCAGCGCCGAGAGGCUUUCCCUGAAGACCUGCCCCCGCCCCCCAUCCCCCCGCCGGCCGUGCUGAAGUCCCCCUCCCACCCCGCCAAGCUGGCCCAGGAGGCGCGGGGGGUGAUCUCCCCGAAGAUGGGCUGCGGGGCGGAGUCUCGCGGCGGGGAGGGCCGGGCGGAGAGGAGGGCCGGGACCGUGGGCUGUCGACCCCGCGAGGGCUCCGACCCCCGCACCAGCUCCUCCGAACGGCGGGAGGCCCAGGAGAGACACAAGACCCCCCGCAGCGGGAAGGGGAGCAAGCAGGAGGCCAGCGCCAAGGCCCGCCAACACGCAGGUUCGGAGGACAUCCUGCCCUACAGUCGCCCCUCCUUCCCCACAGUGCAGAGCCCCCGGGACCGGGACCCCAGCUCCUCCAGCUCCAUGUCCUCCAGGGGCUCAGGAGGGCGACGGCGGGGCGAGGGGGCCCCGCCGGGGGGGCGCCGCAACCCCUCUGACAUCGGCCUCAGCACCAUGGCCUACCAGCCCGGAGAGGAGGACCUGGAGCUUGUAGAAAGCUGAGGACCUGGCAAGUGGAAGAGGAGUGUUGGGAAGGAUUUGCCGGGAGAGGAACAUCACAUCUCUCCAGAUUUUAAACAUCACAGUAUCAGACCGUCAUAUUUUGCUGACAAUUAUGUAAAUUGUGUUUCUUUACAUCUGGGAGAGAAAAACUGACCAAUAAAUGUUUUUUUUUGUUUUUUUAAAAUCAUUUUCUAUGUCCAUUUAAAGAAAAGAAAGGAAGGUAAAAAGACAGGUACAUUCAAUGCUAAUUCAGUCGUGGUAUUUAAUCUUUCAUUUAAACGCAAUAUGGAGGUUACUCAAGCUAUUGUUUUGUCUCUGCUUGCCCUAGCAAAAAUUCACAAAAGCCCUUACAGUCAGGUGUUACUGUAAUAAAGUUAGCUACAAGCAGAUGGGGUGGACUGUCUUGUAAAUAUAUAUAUAUACAUUUUUUUUUCUUUAAUAACCCGCUGUGGUACUUAAAAUUUGUCUUCCUUGUCUGUUUUUAAUGAUUAUUAUUUUAUGAAACCAGUAAUUAUAAUUAUUUUGUUGUCUCCAUCCAUGUUGUAAAUUGUUAAAUCAUUUGACCGCCCCAAGAAAGUGCCACUUUGGGAAUUUUUAUUUGUAUUUUUUUUUUUUUUUUUUUUUUUUUUGUAAUGCACUGUUAUGUUUUUUGUUGUCUUUGUCAAUGUUUGUUGUUAUUUGUUUUACUUUGGUUUGAAAGCACAAUCACUAAACUUUAUUUUAAACCAUUUUUAUCUAUUAACCUUUUUGUCUUACAGGAGAAAUACAGGUAUGACAAAAGAGUCUUGUUAAUCAUAAUGAUGUAGGUGAAGGUGAUAAGCUGUUUACGGUCGGAGUGUUUUUUUUUGACAGCUACAGUAUAAAAUGGCGGGGGGGCUCCUGUGCAGCAGCCAGAUAAAUCUGCUCCAGGUUUGUUGCUCCGGUCCAGCUCUGUAGACAUGAUGGAAAUUAAGAACUGUAGCAUAUUUCAGUUACAAUUUAUCUGUGAAAGAAAGUGUAGCACAAGCGUGUGUUGGAGGGGUAUCUGCGGAGGCACUUAGAAGGGGACAGCAGUGAGCAGGAUAAGGAUCCCACCUUCAGGGGCCGCAGUGGAGGCCCAGGCCCUGGGGCCCGGGGAGAGGACACCCAGCUCCAGGGCUGCUGUACAUUCAUCGGACUUCUGCAAACCUUUUCUUCCCCAGAAAACAAAGAUAGAAAAAAAAAAAAAAACGAUAGAAAAAAGGGGGAAUCCAGAAAAAGCCACGCCCCGUCCUUCCCUGGUGUGUGAGCGGCUGUGCUUCUGCAGCGAAGGCUUCCUGUAGCCUGAAGCAAGGAGGCCUCUCUUCACUCUGAGAGAAAAAGAAUUAAAAAAUGAACAAAAAACUAGGUGCUGGGCUCCAUCCCGAUUCUAGUACCAGGACAGGUGUGUGUGACCUGGCAGCCCGAUUCGAGUGCCAUCAACGUGAGCCGACUUUUGUGUUGUUUUGUUGUGCUGCGGUUGAGUUGAAGAUUGAACCGGCUGCGCUGUCUAAGGGAAAUUAGCGUUGUUGUUCUUCAUUUUGAUUUUUUCCAUGUUAAAAAGGCAACUUCUUUAUUGUUAGCCAUGCAUUUACAUACUGAGGAUCACGUAAUCCGAAAACGUCAUUUUUUCACAUUAUUUAUUAAAAAUGUCCUUAAAUACCA